UGAAAGAUACUGUGUAAGUUGUAACAUUCUCUGCUUGGAAGGGAAAAAUCGUUUCUCAAGUUCUCCUCCUCAGCCGCAACUCUCUCUUUCCCUGCGCGACUCAGAUGGGAAAGAAACUAAAAGAAAAAACGCCUAAAGAGGAUGACCGGAAGGACGAGGUCACCGGUUCUACCUCUGACAUCUUCAAAACCCUUCUCGGAAACACCUCCGAAGAGGGUGGCUUUUCUCUCUUCACCUGCAACAACCCCUUCCGUCGCAAACCCGACCAACAACAAAUAGGGUUAGGGUUUUCUUCAGCUGAAGCUUCUCAAAACCCUAAGACUCCAAACCCUGACAACGAUGGGGAUUCCCAGAUUGAGCCGAAGAAGAGAAAGCGACACAAAGAAAAGAAACUAAAUGUCGAUGCCGUCGACGAAUCGGUCGGUAAUGGAGAUUCGGAGAAUUUGGAAGAGAAUAAGAGGAAAAAAUCGUUAGAGAGAAACCCUAGUUCGGACGUUUAUAUGGUCGGCAACGGUACGAUUGAGGAAGAUAGCAAGGAUGGUCUCCAUGUUGAGAAGGAGAAGAAGAAGAAGAAGAGGAAGAGGGAUGAGGUUGAGGAGGAGUAUGAGAGGAGGAAUUAUGGAGUAGUUGAGAAGGAUGAGAGUGAAAAGGUUGGUUUGGGUAAGAGAGUCGUGGGGGAGAAGAGGAAAAAGAUGGAUGAUCCUGGGGAGGUGUUGGUUUCGAAGGAAGGUUUUGAUGACGAAAGCAAGCUCUUGAGGACUGUUUUUGCUGGGAACUUGCCGCUGAAGGUGAAGAAGAAAGCGUUGUUGAAGGAGUUUAGCCGUUUUGGGGAGAUUGAAUCACUUAGGAUUCGGUCUGUGCCGCUCUUAGAUAGCAAAAUACCCAGGAAAGGUGCAAUUCUUAAGGGGAAGAUCAAUGAAGCAGUGAACAGUGUUCAUGCGUACAUUGUUUUCAAAGAUGAGCAGGCUGCACGGUCUUCUUUGGCCCACAAUAUGGCAGUGGUUGGGGGGAAUCAUAUACGUGUUGACAUGGCAUGCCCACCUCGUAAGAAACUAAAGGGAGAGACUGCUGGACUUUAUGAUAGAAAGAAAACUGUUUUUGUCGGAAAUCUCCCAUUUGAUGUGAAGGAUGAAGAACUUUAUAAGUUGUUUUGUGGGAUUAACCAGUUGGAUUCUAGCAUUGAGGCUGUCCGGGUUAUCAGGGAUCCCCACACAAGCAUGGGGAAGGGCAUUGCUUAUGUCUUGUUUAAAACAAGGGAAGCUGCCAAUAUGAUUGUUAAGAAGAAAAGCUUGAAGCUCCGAAACCGUGACUUGAGGCUCUGCCAUGCCAAAUCCGAUUCGACACCAUUGAAGAAAAGGAAUGCAUCCCCUGUAUGGAAAGAUGGAUUACCUUCGAAGAGAUUGGCUGUGACUUCUGGUGAGAAUUCGGCUGAUGGAAAUAUAAUGCCCAAAGCGAAGGCUUAUCUUUCUUACCAGGGCCUGCGGGCAAGCAAAGCAGGUGUGCAGAAGAAAAUGAGUUUCUCCCCAAGAACCUUUGAACAGGGGAAAUUUCAGUCUAAGAGACAGAAUGGGCCUGAGAAGAAAGUACGCGAGACUAAGCGACCUUCAGUUGCUGCCAGGAAAAGGAUGGCCCUUGCUACAAAGGAUGGGGUUGUGCCAAAACAGAUAGGGAACAAACGAAAGCUGGGAAGCACUGCGCCAGGGAGCUCUCCCAGGAACAAGAAAGCUAGGAAGAUCAGGUAGUAAUGAAGUGACUGUUAACUUCUUGGUGUACUUUCUGACCAUGUAAUUCUUCAAAAUGUCUCUCUUUUCACCGACGUUGGAAAUCCUGGAGGCUCAUGAUUUAGGGGGCCCUGUUUUUUUAUUUGGGGAAUCUUUGUAUCGUUUAGAUAUUUUUAUUAAGUGAUGUUUAAUAAUGUUUACCUCUUUA